ACGGCGGACGCUGCUGCAGCAUUCUGGACAAGGAGUGCAGUUUUGCAGUCUCCAUUCUCCCUGGCCCCGAUCUGUCACCCCGGGAAAACUGUCACCCCGGCGGAGUGGGUUAAACAGGACCCUUUUUUAAAUCACUGAACCAAAAAAGACAUUGGGGGCGGUGAGCGUUUAUUAUUGGGAAGUGUUCGUGCGACCCGAUACAAUGCUGAAGCAGACGUCCACUCUUUUAACGCUGCCUGUUAACGGCGAUCGGCAUCCGAUCAGGCUCGAAGGGGAGAUCCGAAGCCGGGAGAAGGCUGAGGCUGACAGCGAUCGCUGCCGAACCCGGGACAGGCUCGAAGCGACCUUGGCCGGGCUGGGGGAGCUGGAUUUCCUGAAGCACAGGCAGGAACACUUGGUUCGGGGCGCAAUGGAAUUACUGAAACCUUCGCAACACACUCCAAUGCUCAAAGACGAACAGAGAAAGGGAUCUCAAGGGGAACUUUAUCUGACCCCUGAGGAAAAGCAAUUAGAAGAUAACAUUCUCAUGUUAAGGAAACAAUUGAACUGUUUGAGGAGGAGAGAUGCUGGCCUCAUAAAUCAGCUACAGGAGCUCGAUCGACAGAUCAGUGACCUUCAGUUGGAUGCAGAAAAGGCUCCAAAUGACAACUUGGAAACAGACAGCCGACCCAGCUCAGGUUUUUAUGAAUUAAGUGAUGGAGCAUCUGGAUCACUUUCGAACUCCUCUAAUUCUGUUUUCAGUGAAUGUUUAUCCAGUUGUCACUCCAGCACCUGCUCCUGUGGUCCACCGGAUGUAUCACUGAGCAUCACAGAUGGACGACCAAAGUCAGCAGAGGAUUUCAUUGGCUGGAGGGAUCAUGGAGAGGGACUGCUUGAUUGCCAGUAUACAGGUGUUGUUCGGCGUUCCUUCUCUGCACCGUAUUCUAGCUCAAUUGAUGUUGCUGCUGAUGUCCAUCCCAAGUAUCAGUGUGACUUGGUUUCCAAGAAUGGUAAUGAUGUGUAUCGAUAUCCAAGUCCUCUACAUGCAGUUGCAGUCCAAAGUCCAAUGUUUUUUCAUCCUACGACUGGGAGUGUUAAAGAGGAGAAGUCCCAGUAUGGUGUAGGUGACUUGUCAGUGGCACCUCAGUUGGAGCCUGUAAACAUUGAGUGUGCUGUUCCAGCCCCCCAGAGCAGUUCCUGUGCACCUGCACAUCCCUCAACAAUGAAAAGACUGGAUAAUUACAUAUUUGGCCUUAUUCAGAAGAAAAUCCAGCCAGUAAGGCCAAAUAAGCCAAGGACCAGCCUGAAUACAGAUCCACUAAAGGGAAUCUUGAGGCAAGGUAGUAUCUGUGUCAGACAAAUUGCAUGUAUCACACCAUGUAGUACUGAAUUGAAAGUGUUCAGAAAUGUCUAUACACAUCCUCCCACUGCUUCUGAAAUCAGUGCAGUGUCCCCACAGAGGCAACAUCUGAGCAAUGACAACAAAGAUACGCAAACAUCUAAAAUUGAAUCAACAAAUAACCGAAUAACUGUUCUUCAGAAUAAUAUUAAUGAAUUGCAGACAGGUAGCCUUUCGAAGAAAAAGGCUAAUGUCGCAAAUGGACUAUCUAAAUGCACCGUGGUUGCAGAUUAUCAAGAAGAGAAUGGUGAGAGUGGUGCUUGUGCACCUAAAGAUAAUUCAUAUCAGUGUGUGACAGUACAUGAAGAGAUCAAUGUUGUGCAACCUCCUAAAGUGGUGUCUCCUAAAAGACCCACAAGGUCACCUGCAACAUCUCUUUCUGCAGAGGAGAAAUCACCACUAGAUCUUAGGAGUGAAGAAUCCUCAGUGCAGAGCUUAGAGGAUAGUGGGCAGUUAGUGAAUGCCCAAUUCAUUCCAGCACAGCAACAAAUGAUAAAGUCUCGUAAAGGUACUAAAAAUAUAAAGAUCGGCAAAGUUAAGAACUCUACAUUGAAGUCCAGACCACACUGUGACAUGGCUCCUGAAACAAACAUUCAAACCUUAAAACAAAAAUCUAAAGCUGUUCCAAAAAAAUGUCAUUUCUCCAAUGAUGUUGUCCAUGUAAAACGAAAUGUAAGGAGGCCGGCCUCCAAAGCAAAGAAAACAUUCCACACUAUAUCUGAGAACAGCACCCUGGGAAGACAGACUGGGGCUAGAUCUGCUAAAUGUGGUGGGCAAGGAAGGGAAACUGUUCUGGUCAAGUCCAGAUACAAACCAAGGGUUGAUUACCGAAAGUGGAAAUCCCCUGUUGAGGUUUCUCACGAAGAAGCAAUGAGACGUUUUAGAAGGCGCAAUAGGAGAGUAGCACUCUGUCAUGUGUCCACUGUCUACACAAAGACCAAUCUGCAGAACAAUGGUGUAUAUGCCUUCAGAGGAAGUGAUUCAGAAUAUUCAGCUGAAUGUGAAUCUUUAUUCCACUCCACCGUGGCAGACACUAGUGAGGAUGAGCAGAGCAAUUACACCACCAAUUGCUUUGGAGACAGUGAGUCUAGUUUGAGUGAGGUAGAUUUUGUAGGGGAAACUACUAGCUCUAGUGACUCUGAUGAAAGUGGUGCACUAGUCUGGACUCAGUUUGCCCAGAAUCGACCCAUGAAAGCAUCUACUGCUGAGCUAAAGAAGCCUCCACCAAAGGCCUUUGUCAAAAUCAAAGCAUCACACAACUUAAAAAAGAAGAUUUUACGUUUCAGAUCUGGUUCACUAAAACUAAUGACAACUGUAUAAAAGGAUAUCUGACAUUUGUUGCAUUGAAAAUGAAGGUGAUGUAGGUAUAUUCUAAGAUAUUUUAAAAGAAAGAUUCAUUUUUUUUGUCAAAACUAAGCAUGUAAUAAUUUUUUAAACUAUCAGUAUUCUAUGUGCAUGACUGUCUAAUUGUUUCAAUACUGGCACCAAAUUGUACACUGCUAACUGUAUAUAGUACUUGUAUAUGAAUACAAUUUGUUUUAUGCUCUAAUAAAUUGUCUACCUUGAAUCUUUAAA